AUGUUGAAGAUUUACUUCGUAGGUAGUCGUACAGUGUGUCUUCAAAAGGAUAAUCUCCUGUAUAUAGCCAUUACAUUGCAGGUGAACGUGGAAAAGGUAUUAGAGCGUGAUCAGAAGCUCUCUCAGCUCGAUGACCGCGCCGACGCUCUGCAGGAAGGAGCAUCACAAUUCGAGAAAUCUGCUGCAACACUCAAGAGAAAGUACUGGUGGAAGAACAUCAAGAUGAUGAUUAUAAUGUGCGCAAUCACAGUGAUCCUAAUCAUUAUCAUUGUUCUGUGGGCAGGUGGAAAGUAG